CAGGUGUUAAUCAACAUGGUAAGAUAAGAUUAGCGUGACCUACUCCUUUCCUUGAGUUAUAAUUGUGUACAAGAGACAUUCAAAAUGUCUUCCUUUUUCAUCGUUGCAAUUCUUCUCGUUGGCGUUUCAUGCGAGCACAAUCAUCACAACAGCCAUGAAAUCUAUACUAAUGUGAUCGAAAAUGUAUGGCUGAGCUCGGAUGAUAACGGCGAUGGCAUCUUUGAAAGAUUCGAACUAACUCUUGUCUUCGCUCACUACGAUGAAAAUGGUGAUAAGAUUGUCACCCACCACGAGUACAUGGACUCCGUGCCUCAACACUCCACCCUGAGGGAGUACAGCCAUGCGGUCUUCAAGGAGUUCGACGCUAAUGAUGACGACCUGCUUGACACUCCAGAUAUCGAUCUCGUCUAUGGCAAAAUGGAUCUUGACGGAAACAAGGAAGUCUCUAAAGAUGAGUUUACAGCCUAUUGGAUGAACAUUUUGACGAAGACGGCUCACCUGCACGGCCACGGCCUUCACUUGGGCCACCACAACUGAAUCACGUGACCACUUGCAGCAAUAACUGCUAAACGUGUUUGAUCAAUAAAACAGGAAUUUUCCUACA